AUGCAGAAGCGACAAGAGACUCAAGACUUGCCGUCAAUGGAAGCGGAAAGCAUGAAUUCACAAAUGUCUUACAGUUCUGCUGAAUUUAGUGAUCGAGGCAACAGCUUUAAUGGGUUCGAAGAGAAUUCGCAGCACAUAAACAAUGCCAACAUAUCUGAAAUGCUUAAUCAACAACCGAAUUUGGUCAGCUAUCAAAAAAGAUUAGAAACCUUUACACGAUGGCCAUCCAGCAGCCCUGUAAAACCCACCGAUUUGGCCGCAGCCGGGUUCUAUAGUGUCAAUUUAGACGAUCGAGUUGCGUGUUUCAGGUGUAAUUUGCAUUUACGGCAGUGGAACGUAGGAGAUGAUCCGUGGAUGGAACACAAACGACUUCGGCCUUCCUGCCCUUUUAUUAAAGAAGUUGAAAAUUUGAACGGUCACGUAGUAACUUGUAACCCUGUAGAAGCUUCAACAGGUGUUCGAGAACCAGUCCAUCCAUCGUUUCCAACAGUAACGCACGCAAGAUAUGGAGAUCAUGUGUAUCUUACCGAAAGAGAUCCCCCAGUGAAUCGUGAGAGGUUGAUAUAUCCCGAAAGGCCACAGUAUGCUACGCACGGGAGUAUGUUUGAUACCCAGGAUCUGCAUUACCCUGUGGAAACUCGAACCGGUGUCCCGCAGGAUUAUUAUGAUCUUAGAAGAAGACCACAAGAGUUUCUCGGAAAAGACCCCAUGCCUGUUGAUUUUCAACGCUGUCCAGAGCACGAGCAAACCGCUACAGAAAGAAAUCAGCAUGUUGUGGUGAGACAGGGAGCCAAUCAGAUUCACAUUGUGGGACCGGCUGUCUACCAGCUUAACCCAGAGGACGAACUUAACAUACAAAAAGGAGAGCAUGGCUUCCACCCGCAGAUUAGGACUGAGAGAGAUUUGAGACAAGUAUACCCAGGGCCUCAACAGACAGGCCGAGUGCCACCAUCGACGGAGACGAACUUCACAGGUUCACAUCCUUUUCCCAGAGACCCUUACCGGUACAUUUCGGAUGAGCAAAGGUCAGGCAUGAACCAGUUUAAACAGUCCGUCAUAUCUUAUCCACCAAGCUAUUCUGGAACGUUUCCAAAUCAAACUGGGUAUCAGCGUUCAGAAAGUGUAACGAACGAAAGUCCAGUGAAGUUCCAUAAAGGAAACCCAAGUGAAAAGAACCCGAGCAAAUCUGAAAACGAUAUUGUCGAGGCAAGACCCACUCAACCACCCUGUAACUGGCAGCAGUUUCCGCCGGGUCGAAAUGUUCCUGGCUCAAGAAGGCAAUCCCAAGGGUAUCAUCCAGCUUUUCCAGUCAAAGACCCCAGCCUCCAGACUGAAGAGCUGCCUUUGAUAAGACAGGAAUACGCUCGCCAUGUGUCGUCACCAUCUGACUUGUCUAAUGAACAUCAUCGUCUGACGACAUAUGUGGAUUGGCCGCAUAAUCACCAUAUUCGUCCGUGGGAUCUUUCGGCUGCCGGGUUCUAUUACUUGGGUACUGGCGAUUCCGUCAAGUGCUUCAAAUGCGGCAUCAUGCUGCACAACUGGGAACCCAGUGACACUCCUUGGGGGGAGCAUCAGAAGUGGUCUACGCAGUGUCCUUUAGUACUAGAGCACUUAAGAGAGCGUCCUCAGGCACCUACUCCAAGCACUCCAGCCGAACAUGCUGUACAGCGUGUUCCUUCGGUGCAAAAUGAACGUCCGAGUUGGCGCCCUGGACAGAGUCAGAGCGGACAAGAUCUACAUACGCCGAUUAGAAGUGGUAACACAUCGCCCCUUCAGGGAACUUGGAAUGCCUCUGAGAAGUACCCAGCAUGCACCAUGCCUAACUCAGCCAAUGGGUGGAAUCCUUCAACGGAACAGCGUUAUUCACAGUGGCAUAAUCAAACAGUCACUACGUCAUCGCAUGAAAGUUACAUGACCAAUGAGAGUCAGACUCGAUUUACUGGAGGAUCAAGUUCAAGAGCACCCAACGAAGUAACGCAGGAACCGCGGUCUUGUUCUCCCAGGGGAAGCACUGCCAUGGAACUUGACAUGGAGAAACUAGGGGAGAUGGGAUUCACCCAACGUGACAUACAAGAGGCAGUUGCCGCUAAAAUUGGAUCCACAGGAUCCAAUUUCAGCACGUUUACUGAGCUCGUUUCCGCUCUCCUAGAGAGGCAGCAGGCAGGAGCACCCACCUUUGGAUCCUGUGCGCAGCACACGCCACAAGAAGGUGAAGAGCGGCCUCCUCGUCCCCAUCUCAACAUUCCCGAGAGAGAACCCUGUCCUCGAGAGGAUGAAGAUCUCCGAAAGAAGAACUGUUUGAGUGCUGUGACGUCUCCCACUACUCCAGUUCUUCGUAGGGACAAUCUGCGAAGAACCCUUAGUGCGCCUGCAUCAGGAUCAUCGGAUACUGAAGAGUCGCUUGAGGAGAAGCUGGAGCGAAUGCAAGAAGAACGCACAUGCAAGAUCUGCAUGGACGCUGAAGUGGGAAUGGUGUUUUUGCCCUGCGGCCAUUUGAGCUGCUGUCCUGAUUGUGCACGUGGAAUGGACUUCUGUCCUAUGUGCCGCGGACCGAUAAUAGAGAAGAUUCGUACGUAUCUAUCUUAAAACAGCUGUUUUCAUUGACUCUCUAUUCCAUUGGAGGCUCGUAAACCUGUUAAACCUUGAGAAAGAGGCAAAUCGGAGGAGCUAUUCUUUUUCGUCGUUUUAGACUCUGAACGCAGAUUUUUCUUAGCCACAUAUACCAGAGAGAAAAACUUACUUGCGUGAAUUUAACGAGUCGUAAUAUUGUUGCUCCCCAAGUUGACUUAACUGCUUGCAAAAACUGAAUGUUGCCGUGUGUGCAAUAACUCUUCUUACCGCAAAUUCUUGUCGUCACAUCAGUAGCUUAGACGUACCUUUUACAGUCGAUUCUCUUACGGGAAAUAUUUUCUUAAUCUAUUUAUUCGCUUUAGGGAAACAGUGUUUUAUUUCCGAGUCCUCAUUCGAGAGGGACUAGAAAGCAAACCAUGCUGCAUGUAAUCUAGUGUCCUAUGCAGCCGUAGUUUAGUCCUCUUGCGGAGGAGAAUUAGAGGUGUCAGGUCACGAGACCAAAUGAGGGCUACGAAUGAGCAUUCGAAUGACAAGUUUCGACCCAUUAAGGUUCCACUGUAUCACUGCACUGUCGAUGCUUGAAAACUAGAUGUUUUACGAAAUUGGUCCAGUUUCGUUUAUUAAGUCGACCAAUCAUGAGAAACAAUGUAGACUGUAGUACGCACUUAUUGUUGUUAAUGUCUUAUGCAGAAGAACAAAAACUCUGCUUUGAGUGCUUAAAAAUAGAGAGUUAAACAAGUCUUACAGAAGGAAAUUAAUCGUUUGGAAAAAGUUCUUUGGAGCGAUGUUGUCGGGGGAGGGGGGGGGGAAGAAAGAGAGAGAGAAGACUCCUGCCUUUGCGAAAUUACAAUGGAUGGGAAAUGUUUGUCAGUCCACUCUCGAGUAAGAAGCUUGGUUACCAUCGUUCAUUCUCUCUCUCAAUUUUGGCCACGAAUAAAUAGCAAUUCAAACUCGAGUCUCCCGCUUGAAACUCAGCGAGAAGAAGCUUCCGUUUUUCCCAAUGAAGGUCGAACCUUCCGGACGAUCUAGAAAGACGAUUUAUUUAACUUAACAUCUGCCUUUUUAAACAAGAUCUCGUUUUUCCAUUUUAACGGCUUGGGAUGUACCACAGGGAAGGUUAAAACUUAGAUAUGUCUGCAAUUUAAAAGUUAGUUUCCUGUCAAUUCCAUUUUGAUUGGCCUUUUACGAGCUACCUACAGCCUCCACUCUAAAACGAGAGUAAAUACAAAGCCGUUGAUACGAAAAUCAACUUUCUGUUUUCCCAUUAGUACAAAACACAUUUUUACAUAACAGAUUUUGAGCUUAGCAUCGCUUAGAAAGUGAGAGCUUUGGCUUAUUUGUCCGUUCCUUCUUUCAGGCAGGCUUCCAGGAGACCUUCUACACUACCAGAGAGACUACAGGAAUAGUUUCUUCUCUCCCACCCUCUUCUGCUCUGCGCGCUUGAACCAGAACACAAAGGUUACACCUUGGGCCUAA